AUGGCUACCAGUACUGGGGGGAAUGAUUACUGGGACCCGGUCUGUGGAUACGAUGGCGUGACCUAUUCGAAUUCGUGCGAGGCCGAUUGCCACGCAAAUGGCUACCUGUUCUGGGGGGAGUGCCACACGUUGUCCUGCGAUGCGUGUGCAGACUCGAACCGGGAUUGUGAAGGUUACGCCGCUUGCGACGACGGGUACUUUGCUGAGCCGGGUGAUUAUUGCGUUCCAGGUUGCUCUCAGUUCUCUCAAUACAUGUGUUUCGGGUGUUUCAUCACUUCCACGAGUACUGCUCCUGCAUGCAGCAGCGCCUUCAUGAUAGUCCUGUUGGUGUCAGCGUUGCUGCGGUGA